GAUCUUCUGACGGUUUAAAAAGAAAGAGACAGCUGAUCGUCUUCUGGAGUCUACAAAAUCGGACGCAGUUGACGUGGAUUUCCAGCCAUGGAGGAAACAACAGUUGCACCUUCAGACCCUACAGCUGGUACUUUACCUCCGACCCCAAGGCCUCAGCCAUCCUCCAACGCACCGUCUCGUAGCCUGUUGGAGUGGAGACGGAGGGUCAAGUCGGAGUACAUGCGCCUUCGACAGCUGAAACGCCUUAAAAAGGUAGAAGAGGUCAAGAGGCUGUUCAUGUCCAACAGGCAAAAAAUUGAAGAGCAAACGAGUCUUCUCAAUACAGAAUGGUCCAAGCUCAGGAUUCAGUCCAUCCCUUUGUCAUCGUCAAGUGGAGCACUGGCCAACAAGAAGAUGUGCACAGUGGAGUUUGGCUUCCCAGCAUUCAAAACUCAGGCCAUCGCAAUGCGACCAUUGUCAACGGUGGCAGGAAUCCCAUUUAUGUACUCUUGGUCGCCUCUGCAGCACAACUUUAUGGUGGAGGAUGAGACAUUCCUUCAUAACAUCCCUUACAUGGGCGAUGAAGUGCUGGAACAGGACGAGGCCUUCCUGGAGGAGCUCAUCGACAACUAUGAUGGUGUCCAUGGUGACAGAGAAGGGGGGUUUAUCAGCGAUGAGAUCUUUAAAGAGCUGGUUGAGGCCCUGAGCCAGUACUCUGACCAUGAAGAGGAGGAAGAUGAGGACGCUGGACUCACAGAGGUUGUGGGGAAGAAGGAGGAGGAGAGAGCGAUGAGGAGGAGCACAGUGGAGAGUUCGGAGGAGAGCAAACCUCCUGCUGUGGCUUUCAUCAGACGGAAGCGGAGGAACACUAAUGAAGUGAGAGAUGUGUCCGGCAGCAAAAAGAUUCCCAACGACAAGAUAUUUACGGCCAUCGCCUCGAUGUUCCCCUACAAGGGCACCACGGAGGAGCUGAAGGAAAAGUAUAAAGACCUCCUGGAACCCCCCAGCCCGGUGAAGCUGCCCCCCCUCUGCACCCCCAACCUGGAUGGACCUUUUGCAAAGUCUGUGCAGCGAGAGCAGUCGCUACACUCUUUUCACACGCUCUUCUGCAGGCGCUGCUUCAAAUACGACUGUUUCCUCCACUCUUUUCAUGCCACACCCAGUGUUUACAAAAGGAAAAGUAAGGAGAUCCAUAUGGAGACUGAACCAUGUGGUGUUGACUGCUUCCUGUUACAGAAAGGGGCUAAAGAGUUUGUAGAUCAGAACAUGUUACGAUCACAGAGGUCUCGAAGGCGAAGAAAACAACAGCAACAACAGCGUUCUGCAAGUUCUAGUUGUCCAGGGCCUUCUGGGUCUGCAGAGGAAACCAAAGAAGGUGACAGUGACCACGAAACAACCUCCUCCUCAGAAGGAAACUCGCGGUGCCAGACUCCCACCAAGCUGCGUCCUGGGGAUGAGGACGGGGUGCAGCAGGGUUGUUGUUUGGUCGAGUGGAGCGGGGCGGAGGAGUCCAUGUUCAGGGUUCUGCAUGGCACGUACUUCAACAACUUCUGCGCCAUCGCUCGCCUCAUCGGUACCAAGAACUGCAAGGAGGUGUAUGAAUUUGCAGUGAAAGAAGUCCUGAUCCAUCGUGUUCCUGUGGAGGAUGGAGGCAUCUCUCCUCAAAAGAAGAAGCGGAAACACAGGUUAUGGGCAAAGAUUCAGCUAAAGAAAGAUAACUCCUCCAAUCAGGUGUACAACUACCAGCCAUGUGACCACCCAGACCACCCCUGCGACAGCUCCUGCCCGUGCGUGAUGACCCAGAAUUUCUGUGAAAAGUUCUGCCAGUGCGAGCACGAGUGUCAAAACCGCUUCCCAGGCUGCAGGUGUAAGACGCAGUGCAACACUAAGCAGUGUCCAUGCUACCUGGCAGUGAGGGAGUGCGAUCCAGAUCUUUGCAUGACCUGUGGCGCUGCAGACCACUGGGACAGUAAAGUGGUCUCCUGCAAGAACUGCAGCAUCCAGAGAGGCCUUAAGAAGCACCUCCUGCUGGCACCAUCGGAUGUUGCUGGGUGGGGCACCUUCAUAAAAGAGCCCGUUCAGAAGAAUGAGUUCAUCUCGGAAUACUGCGGUGAGCAGCUCAUCUCCCAAGAUGAGGCGGACCGACGCGGCAGGAUCUACGACAAAUACAUGUCCAGCUUUCUUUUCAAUUUGAACAAUGACUUUGUGGUGGAUGCCACAAGGAAAGGGAACAAAAUUCGCUUUGCAAACCAUUCAGUUAAUCCCAACUGCUACGCUAAAGUGGUGAUGGUAAAUGGAGACCAUCGCAUUGGGAUUUUUGCCAAAAGAGCCAUCUUGCAAGGAGAGGAGCUCUUCUUUGACUACAGAUACAGUCAAGCUGACGCCCUCAAAUACGUGGGGAUAGAGAGGGAGGUGGAUAUGACUUAGCUGCGCCUGCUGCCUACAUCUAUAGCCUGUCCUUAAAGGGGUCAUAUUAUUGCCCCUUUUCACCAGGUGUCUCAAACAAACAACACAGAUAUUCAAGUCUGUCGCCAAAAUACUUCAUCGACAACAAGGCGAUGCGUCAUCAACUCACUCACAGCUCUCUGUGAAACCACUUGUUUCUCUUCCUGUUGCUUUAAAUGGAGAGGAGCUGCUGCUUGCUCCGCCCCCUGUUUUUAGUGUUCGCUGUCUGUCAAGGAGUCAGUCAAAUGUACGUGCAGAACACAUUUAAAACACGUAUAGGUCAAAGUACUGUACAACUAAAAUAAGAAUAAUUCUACAGUAAAAUAAUAAAAAUACAAAAGAACAGCUCGAGCAUGAUGCACAACGAUGUACGACAGGAAGACAGUCGCACAGAAAGACACAAAAAAUAACUAAAUUAACUGUCUUGUAAAAUAAGCGAAAGUAGUCAACAUUGAGGUAGUUGCAAUAUGACUGUAUUGCUACUACAAUCUGACGGACAGAAUAAUAAAAAUAUCACUUUUAUUGUCCUUAAGAUGGAGAAAAUUCUGAAAUAUCCAAGUUUUAGGGACCAACUUGACAAGCUGCAGUGUGGUGGACACAACCCUAAUACGGACAAACCCUGAUGUUUGACCAUAUCGGGGUUGUGUCGAGCUCCAGAGAAGGCAAAAGGCGCAGAAGAGUUCUGUGUAAUUGCUAAGUUGAUCAUGGGUGUGUUUUGGGCCGAAAAUGAAGUCAACCAGUGUGUCGUCAGUCAUUAGCUUUAAGAGCCAUGUGUAUUUGAACCUGGUGCAUUGCUAUUUAGAUGGUGGACUCAACAGGGGACAGAAUGGAGAGGUUUUCUGGCAAGGAGAUAAUUUAUGGGAGCAUCCACCAAAGCUCCCUGAUGUGAAGCAGUUGCAUGUCUCGUUCCUGCAAAACCUCCUCCUCCGUCAACUAGCCAAUCUCCUCCAUAUGCCAUCAGAUGCAGAGAGACCCCUGCUGCUCCUGAAACCUCAUGUGGUUUUCCUUGGGACAAAGGCAACCAGCAUAAAAAUAUAGUCCAAACCAGAUGUAUUACUUUUAUUUUACUGAGUUAUUGGGCCAAGUGGAGGAGUUUAAGUAUCUCGGGAUCUUGUUCACAAGUGGGGGUAAGUUGGAGCAUGAGAUCUAUAGGUGGAUUGGGGUGGCAUAUGAUGUUUUUAUGGAGGCUGUACUGGACCAUUGUGGUGAAGAAGGAGCUGAGCCAGAAGGCAAGGCUCACAAUUUGCCAGUCGAUUUAGGCUCCUACGCUAACCUACUGUCAUGGACGUUGGGUAAUGACCAAAGGAAUGAGGUCACAGAUACAAGUGGCGGAAAUGAGAUUCGUCCUUCGGGUGACCGGGUGUCUGGGCUUACACUCCUGGACAGGGUGAGAAGCACAACUAUCUGGGAGGGACUCUGAGUAGAGCCGCUGGUUCUUCACAUCGAAAAGGAGCCAGUGGAGGUGGUUCGGGCAUCUGGUGAGGAUGCCUCCUGGUUGUCUCCCUAGGGUGGUCUUCCAGACGUGUCCAACCGGGAAGAGGCCCCAGGGAAAACUCAGGAUAUGCUCGAGGGACUAUAUUUUCCACGUAGCUUGGGAACGUCUUGAGAUCCCCCGGGAAGAGUUAGAGGAAUUGUCUGAGAAUAGGGAAGUGUGGGGUGGGCUACUUGGUCUGCUGCCACUGGACCUAGACCCAGAUAAGCAGCAGAAGAUGAAUAAAUGAAAGGUAUUGACUUUUCAAUUUAGUUUGAGUGAUGAGGAGGGUUAACACACAUCACUGUGUGCAUAAGCACAGACGUGUCAUGAACCCACCCAUGUAAGCCGUAUCUGAGUAUUGUACUUUAUAAACAGUAACAGUCAACCAGACUUUUUUGUUUUUGGUCUGUGGUACAAUGUUUUUCUACUGCCUCAGAUAGCACUGCACCAACACUGCGCCUGAACGCACCCCACGGCUAGCACGUCCAUUAGCGCAAACGUGCAGGGACAUUUAUUACUUAAACAACGUUGGUGAUCGACGUGAAAAUUACAACUAUAUCACUUGAAACCAGCAAUGACAUUUGCGGUGCACCGUGUGCUACUUUGUGCCAUGUGGAAGAUAGGGCCCUCAGUGUAAUGACUGCAUUAUUUGUAAAUUUCAGCAGCAAAUAGGCACAAUGACAAAAAAGAGAGAAUUGUUGGACCAACUUCAUAAAGUGCUUUGAUUGGUGGCAUUCAAAGGAAUUAAGAUGAUCAAAACUAACAACCAUAUUUAUCCUCACUUACUAACUUAACUCAUUUGAGUGUCACUCACGAUCAAUUUAAGUAGAUUUUCUCCUUCUUUAGUGCGGUUGGUGUGUGUCAUAGAACAAGCGGGAGUUCAAAUAUGGACUUCCAUGACAUAUGUCACAUAAGCCAUUUCAGGCCAAAAUCUACGAAUCAAGAUCAUUUCUACACACACACUCAUAGCAUCGUGGGCCUUUUGGAUGCUUAACGUGACACCUCUGCCACAUGUACCUAGACAAGGUGGAUCAAAACACAUUCUGAAAAAAUAUGACAACUUUAACUCUCCAUCAGUAACAACUGAACCUUGCAGGUGUGUGUAUGCCAAGCUUGUGUAGAGUUCAAUAUUUCAAGUGGAAAUACUGCUAAUCUGUGUUUGUUUGCCACACCAUCCAUUAUAACAGUAGAGAUGCUACAUUUAGCCGUCAUUCGGUGUAUUAUGCUACUUAGCGCCAGGCUGCUUUUAAAAAAAAAUUUUUUAACCUCUCAGCGCUCGUUGUAAGCUUUUUCCAUGGCACUUUAUGAUGAUCAGUAAGCGUGCACGUGCGGCCUUCUCACACAAACCGUUCUACGUGUUGUAGCCGCAGCCGUGCACUUAGUGUUACGUGACGUUCCGCCUGCUCUUCAGAAGAGCUCGGCCGGGCUUUGUCGCAGCUUCGCGUCACCGCCGCCGUGUCUUUUCAGUGAAAUAAGAUAUCAAGCAGUUAUGUCACUGCUCUGCAAAAAUUAGGCAACCAGACGAGAAACCGACUGACUGAAUGUAACCUGUAGAGUUGAUGGUGAAAAGAUCUCAUUCCUCCUUUGAUUUUUUUUUAAAUGUAUUACUGUUACACGGUACAUACGACACACAUGGCGCAUCUGCGCGUGUUUACCGUUGCCCUCAGACAACCUCUAAGCUUUUUAAUUUUUGCAGAUUAACACAGUCUUCCUUAAAAAAAACUAUAUGUGUGUGUGUGUGUGUGUGUGUGUGUGUGUGUGUGUGUGUGUGUGUGUGUGUGUGUGUGUGUGUGUGUGUGUGUGUGUGUGUGUGUAAGUGCCAAAUGAUUCCACACAGGUAAAAAUCCUGGCUGGUCACCACCUCCUCUGAGCACGCGGAAAAAGGAGGCAGACAACCGGUGUCGCCGACCGAACGGUCCCCCCCUAAAAAUUGGUCCACCCUGCCUUCACUGCGCAUGAAUGAGUCUAACUCUCUGAGUCUGACUCUCUACACCCAAAGCGAUCAAAGGGAAUAAUGUGAUUAUUAACCAUCAGAUGACACAGUAAAACCUCUUAAAUUAUUCUAAAGUCAGUUUUAAGCAGAAAACGAGGCCUUUUUAUGCAGAAACAAGUCGCAACUGACACGCCAAAAUGACGUAGGCGUAGCAGCACGUCUGUGGCGCUCUGAUCGCUUCCUCCGUCUUUUAUGAAGAAAUAAUGCUGAAUUUAUGUGGAAAUGGUUGUUGUGUAAAAGCUUCAGAUAUCUGUCGCUGAGAUAGAUGAUGACUCUGGAACGCAGUUUGAAGCAGAAACGAGGCGAUAAUGGUGAAAUGCGGCUAAUGACGCACAGAAAUAACACUGUUGACACUUUAAAAUGACGCAUGCACAGUGAAGGGAGGGGGGUCCAAUUUUUAGGGGAGGACUGUCUUGUCUGCAACAUUGGCAUCGAGUUCCUCCCAUUUCAUUGGCUGGAGGGUGUUCUUGCAUCUGAUUGGCUCACACAGCUGUAAGUCAGGCUGGUUCCCUCCUCCUAUGCUACGCUGCUCAUUUUUAAUGGAUAUUUAUUUUUGAUGCAUAAAAUUCUACUCAAACAGUUUUUACCUUUUCGUUUUUAGUGUUUUUUCACUGACACACUAAAUUAAAGCAGAACAGAAAAAAAUUAAUAAAUAAUUGUCCCAGCUGCCUGUGUGUCAUGUCAAUUCCAGGUAGAUUUUUUUUUUUUCCCAGAAGUGACAUGACUUUGCCAUUGUGUGCUGGUGUCGCAGACCAAAGGUCCGCCCCGAAAAUUCAGUCCGCCUUUUGCAUCUGCAUAUGCGUCAUUUCGGACCUCAGCAGCACGUCUGAGAUUGCGUCUCUUCACCCAAAGCAAUCGAAUGGAUUAAUGAGAUUAUUAACCAUCAGAUCAUAAAGAUAAAACCUCUUAAAUCAUUCUAAAGUCAGUUUUAAACAGAAACGAAGCCGUUUUAAGCAGAACCGAGGAAAAAUUCUGUGACGCAUCGAAAUGGCCGAUGCGCAGUGAACGCAUCAGCUAACAGCUCGUUUAGCCACAGUGCUCUGAUCACUUCUGCCACCUUUCAUGAUGAAGUAAUGCUGAAUUUAUGUGAAAAUGAUUGUUGUACAAAAGUUGAGAUAGAAGUUGACUGGAGUGCAGUUAGAAACAGAAACGAGGCGAUAAUCCAUGAACCGCGUCAUUAGCGGAAACCGAUUUUUAAGGGGACUGUUCUGUCUGUGACACCGGCCUCCUUUUCCACACAUGUGGAGGAGGCAGGAACCGGCCAUGUAAAAGUCGAAACGGUGUGGAAGUGUUGAAAAAUUAACAAACCUGCAAGAUUUAUUAAAAAAAAAAAAAAAAAAAAUCAGUGUUUAACCGAAUAUUAAAGUCUCCUUCAUGUGAAUGCACAUCAUAUAUCAUUUAAUUCCAGUUUUGUUCUUCACUCUUUCUCAUUUAUUUGCCCAUUUUUAGAUGAGAUCUUUCUCAGUAGAGAUGAGUUUACGGCUAUGUACAGCGUAUGCCUAUGUAAUAAUAAUAUUAAUAAUAAUAAUAAAAGUUUAACUUUGUACAUUA